AUGUUCCUUGAAGACAAGUCUAAGGAUGUUUUGAAAAAAAAUGCAAGAUAUUUGCGAACAUUAUUGUCCAUGGAUAGCAUUUGUGGUAACAUGUUCUCUGAGUUCAAAAGUGUUCGUGUUUUAUCUUUUAGAAUUUGUGGAGGCAAUGAGUUGCCAAGUUCAAUCAUGAAGCUGAUACAUUUGAGAAUUCUUAAUAUUAAGAAAUCACACAUUGCACGGCUUCCGGAUUGGAUUAGUGAACUCAUACAUUUGCAAACAUUGAGAGCAGAAGUAGAGGAACUUCAACUUCCAAGUACAUUGAAGUACUUGAUUAACUUAAGGCAUCUUUAUGUUCCCAGAUAUGUAGAGUUGCCUACUGAGAUUGGGAAGCUAACUUGUCUCCAAACCCUAGGAUACUUUAGGGUGGGUGACAAGAGUGGCCAUAAAAUUGAAGAACUUGGAAGUUUGAACAAUCUCAAAGGAAAAUUGGAAAUUUUUGAUCUGGAAAAGGUUGGUAACAAGGAAGAGGCUGAGAAAGCAAAUCUGCAUAAAAAGUCAAAGUUAUUGGAGUUGAACUUGAAGUGGGCUCUGGAUAGAGAAGGUGAAACUACAAACGAUGAGGAUGUGUUGGAAGGCCUUCAACCUCACUCAAAUUUGAUGAAGUUAGAGAUUGAAGGAUUCAAGGGAAUUAGAUUUCCAUCAUGGAGUCCCGUUGAAAAUGUGCAUCAAGACUCUUGGGUACAGCUUGACAAUUUGAUUGACAUAAGGCUCACAUGGUGCUCAGAAUGUGAUGAAAUCCCAGUGUUUGGGCAGUUGCCAAAUCUCAAGUCUCUUUAUUUGUAUGAAUUGAGUUGUGUGAAGUUCAUAAAUUCUUCUGCCCAUGAAUCCGAAUGUAUUGUUUUUCCAGCUCUUGAAAGCCUCGAAAUGUAUGACAUGCCUAAGCUGACAGAGUGGGUACACACAGAAUCAGUGGGUGUAAGUGGUGUCAAGCUAUUCCCUCACCUCCAAUACUUGGUGAUCAAACGUUGCAAGCAAUUGACGAAUUUUCCAGCUCUUUUCUGCUCGCCUCUAAAAACGUUGGAUAUUGUAGACAUUGGGAGCUACAUGCCUAUAGCAAACAUAUUUGAAACUGAGUUGACUUUGCUAACACAGCUUUUUGUAAGAAGAAUAGAUGAUCAGGGAUUCCUCCCAGAUUGUUUAUUCAGUAGCAAUCCCAAUCUGUCGGUAUUGGAGAUAAAGGAAUGCCGCAAUUUGAGAGGACUACCAGAUGGUCUAUGCACCAUCAAAUCUUUGGAGAAGUUGAUUAUAAGGGAGUGUCCAAAUUUGGAACAUGUUGGCGUACAACACUCAGAAGGAAGCCUCACAUGUCUUAAAGAGUUGGAGAUUGAGGACUGCAAUGCUUUGCUGCAUCUGCCAUGUGAACUGCUAGGAUCCUCGCUCGAGAAACUAGUGUUGGAGAAUUUAAGUAGCCUAAAGAAUGUAGCUGAGAUAAUUGACUGUCUGCCGAAAUUGGCCCGUCUAACAUGGUUGAGAAUUCUUGGUGUUCCUCAAUUUUCGGCAGUUGGUUAUAGUCGUAAUUGUAUCCUAAACAUAGAUGUUAGUAUGAUUGGAUCAAUGGAGAUUGUUGAUGGCAUAUUGCAAGGAUGCAGCUUACAAAUCAAGUAUUUAAACUUGAAGGGGAGGGAAGUUUGGGAAAGUCUGCCGGAAUCUCUGCAAAUAUUAAAGUUGUCGAAUUUUGGAAUGGAAGAGUUACCUGAUUGGUUGGGAAACUUGUCAUCCCUAAUUGAGUUGAAUAUAAGUAAUUGCAAGAAGUUAAGGCGUCUACCCAUAGAUGUGAUACAGUGCAUCGCUAAGCUAAGAUACCUUAGUAUUUCAGAGUGCCCAGGAGUAUGUUUUCACAUUUCCCAAUGGCCAGAGAUUUCCCAUAUCGCCUUCAUCGGCAUUGAUGGACAACGAGUGGUUGCAGAAAGAGAUGAUGCAGUGCGCAGGGAGGAAUUGUGGAGAAUUUUCUUGGAGCAAAAGCAACACCAAAAUUCGUAUAGUAAGAAAGUUUGACAAUUGUACUCAUUUUACACAUAUUAUUGCAUGAAAACUGAAAAACGUUAAGGUAUUUAACAAGUUUGGAUUGAUUGUCUCUUGUAUUUUGGUAUCAAACAAAACCCCCCCUGUUUUGUAUUCAUGCCUUUGUCUUGAAUCUGACUAUUAAAUUGUGUCACGUGUAUUUCAACUAUAGGAAUUUGAAAAACGAU